AUGGACGAACUGUUUUCAUUAGAGGUUUUUGUGAGGAAGAUCUACAGUAUCGAUGUAACCUGUCAUCUCCCUUCGAUUUCAUUCCGAUUGUUGGACUUUCCUUCGCAGACUAUCCACAUCACUGAUAGCGAACGAAUUGCUAAAAUUCAAGGCAAAAUCAGCGAAAACCCUGAAUAUGUCAAAGAUUUGGGUAAAUUGAAGAACUCUAAAGGGGACGUAAUCUUUAACAAAGGGAAAUCAUGCUUGUUCCCACUAUCCUUCGAGUCAGCACAAUCCCAAUUAACAGAGAUCCCUUUAUACGUUGUCUUAACAGAGAACAUAGUAAAAUCUCCCAAGUUCCUUGGCUCUAUAGGAAUUUCAUUGGUCAAAAUCAUGGACAAAUUAAAGGAGGAAAUCACUCGGGAUCCACAGACUAUUUGUAACGAGUCACUUCGGGGUAGCUUCCCAAUUAAAAACUUGAUGGGUACAAGAAUAGCUAAACUUGCUGUAGAAGUGAAACUAUACUACUAUGGCUCUAAUCUUGUGAACCAUAUUCCAGCUUUAAACAAUGUAGCUGAAAAGAAGCACGAUGCAUCUUUAGGUUCUUCAGAUCACUUGGCAUCAAACGAAGCCAUAACCUCAGUAAUGGCGGAGCUUACAGACUGUGUGGGGUCAGAUCUUAUCAAUAAAACUUCAGACUUGUUCAGUCCAGAAGAGUCAGAUUCUGAUAAGGAGAAGGACGAAUCUGAAACUAACCUAAAUCCUCCACCGCUGUUUUACCAAGCCGUGCCGCCUCAAAAAGUCAACGAAAAUGAUUUGCAAAGAAAGAAAGUACAAAUCAGCAAACCAAAGGAUGAUUCCCCGAAACGUCUUCGGUCAAAAUCCGGCGACAGUGACGUCGGUAGUGCUACCCGUCUUGAAAAACUGAUAAAAUUCAGUAAAACAGGACAGCUUUCUCCUGACUCAGAGGUAAACGAAAUGAUUGAAGGAGGGUAUGAUCCGAAACGGUUUGAUCUGAUUCGAGCCGUCCUUACUGAGCUAACAUACCUAACAGAUUUCCUGGAUCCGAACCUUGUCAACAAUAUAGACCCGGCAGAAAAUGAGACUCCUAGACAAAACGAAAACAAAACUCCCCAGAAACCGCACCCGCCACGCCACCCGAGACCCUUAUCCGUAAAAACACCAAAGUCCAAAGCUAGAUACGGUCUCACGAACAGUUACAUCCUCAGACUAAGUAAACUUGGUCCUGAUAAAGCAUUAGAUGUCCUAUCUAAACACAUGGGUAAACAGUCAGCUUCCAACUUUGUUGAUAAUAGAUUUAAUGACCGCCCUAGCCCAGUGAGGAAACACCCCAUAGACAGACCUGCACUAAAAUUACAAACAAAACCCAUCUUAAUAAACUCAGAGUGUCAAACAGAUAAAAACGAAGCACCUCUUCCUGUACCUAAAGUUGCUUGGCAAGAUCAAUCACCAAUUGCAAGUCAACAGAGAAUAUGCGUUCAUACCGGAGAAGCUUUGGCAGACGGAUUCUCCCAGACUCUUGCAGGGACAGCCCCCUUCUCCGUGCCCCAAGAUGGACUAACAUAUUCCACUCCAUUUCAGAGUACUGGUAGUGCUACCAUGGCUCAAGUUCUAGCAGCCAUGCAAGCUCUAGGCCAGAACACUAUGUCUCAAGAAAGAGAGCCUCACUCAAGAAUCUCCAGACACAGUUCACUCCGCAGAGCUAACUCCAACUUGGACUACUCAGAUAACUUCGAGGAGCCGUCUUGUAUCAGCCUGACUCGGAGUGCUGGAUCUCCUCGCAGUAGGCCAAUUAGUCGAGCUGCAAAUUCCCGUCUGUCAUCGCGGUCUCCAGUUAAAACAGUACCGGAAGAUGAGUUUUCAGAGGAAGAUUCCUCAGAAGGAGAGGUUUUUAGAAGAAAACCAGCUUUUUUCAAAAAGUCUUCUUCUUCCCGGAACAUGCGCUAUCAAAGAAGAAGCAGCUCAAUCAAGACGUCUUCUCUCCUCGAACAAGAUGAUUCUUCUUCUACUACCUCUACUGCAGCAAGUAACAGUAUUCUUUUCCGCAGGUCCAAAUCUUCUAAAUCAACAUCCAAAAAGUCCCAAACCUCCCUUGUUUCUCCUUCCACAUCCCAACUCACCAGACGGUCACACAGCUCAAACUCCAACGUGUCAACUAGCAAAGCCUGCCAAACCCCAGCCCCACCACGUAGCCUCAGCACUCAGACAGACGCGGUCAGUGACAGCGAGUGCUCGGUUCAAACCGUGCUGCCAUCACCCACACGUGACAUGCACAGUGAUCACGUGAUCUCUUCUCACAGUAGUCUGGAGUCUGGGAGUAUUUAUAUUGGGAGUGACACUGAGAUAGAGGAAGAGGAGGACCCUUUAAAGUUGAGUUAUCUGCUCAGCACGGAGUCAGUACAGUUCUCUGAUGAGGACCAGCCCACUAGUUUGCUGAAACUCUGUAGUCCAAGUGAGGCUCGGGCUGUUAACAGGUUCAUGUACACUUUCUAG